CUUGCAUCUAAGACCAUGCUGCUUGCCGCCGUGUGCCUGAUGGCGACGAUGAUGGCGCAAGAGGCCGCGGGCUUCCAGCUCUCUCCUGCCCUCCAUGCUAGAAACGCUCAUAGAGGGUUGAUGCUCGCUGGCUCAACUCCUAGAUGCAGCAGAAGCAUGUCCCGCACCGUAAUGUGUGUAAGUGACGACACGUCGGUCUCGCGCAGGAGACUCCUUGCGUCGUCGGCCAUGCUGGCCGGUUGUUCGUUGCUUGCUCCCAUGGCGGAUGCAGCGGACAAAGUCCAGUCAGAGGAGGACAGGAAAGUGAAGGCCACAUCCCCUGGUAUUGCUCUCGACAUGAUUAUCACAAUGAAGGUGGCAAAGAACUACCGUGAGCUGCUGCCCAAGAUUCAAAGCGAGGACUACAAAUCCGCUACCUCCUUCCUGAGCAACCCUUGGACAAACGGUUCUGCCAGGUUCUUGAAGAAGAACAAGGUGUUGGAGUCUCUGGCAACAAGCCUGAAGGGAGUGAGUGCAGGAGAUGAUCUGGACUCUGAUCCCUCCUUCAACAACGAGUCAUCGCCCGAUUCCCUUGCGAGAUUUCGAGCAGGGUGACUACUUUGUACGAG